CAGCGCAGAGCUUGUUGCCGCGCUGCUGCUGCUGCAUCCACCUCUGUGCCCCGGGUAUCUCGCUCGCUCGCUCUCCGCGCGCGUGUGUCUCCCCUGGCCGGCCGGCCUCGCUGCUGCACACGCGCGCGUCUUCUCGCCCUCGCCUUCUUGCCAACCACGACGACCGCAAGCGCACCUCGCGGGCCCGGAUCCUCCGCGCCUCGCUUCGCCUCAACGCGCGGCCGUCGGUGCAAGAGCCGCCGCUGAGCGUGUGUCCGUCUGCGAUGGACGGCGAGCCUCGCACCUCGCCGCGCCCGGCACCCGCAGGAGCUGCGGCGCCGCCGGCCGACGCCGACGCUCACGCUCGCAGCAAGCCCGACGCCGGCGCCGACGCGACGUCCAGCAAGCACGCCGACCGGCCGCACGACUCGCACAACUCGGCGCCGCCGUCGCCGCCCGACGCUCGCUCGGCCUCGGCGCUGCAGAGCCGCAGGCCCGAGCCGGACGCGGGUCUCCGGCUUCCGCCGCUGCGCUCCAUCGACAUUGGCGCAGUGGCCUCGUCGUCGUCGUCUUCGCACCGCACAGCUCUCGCUGGACCCGGUCAACUGCCGCCCUUCUCGCCUCGUCCGCAAGGCCCACACGGCUCGGCACCGCCGCCUCUGCCUUCGCCGAGCCUCAGCACUCAUAGCCGCUCCGAGCUCCGCAGUCCGCCGCGCCUCGGCACGGCAGGCUCUACACGGCAAGGUCCUUCGUCGUCGUACUUUGCGACCGGCCCGUCUCCGGCGGCAUCUCAUCGUUCGGCAGCCGGACCUUCAGCCUCGACCGUCUCGCGCUGGACCGAGGAGCGCAAGCGCCCAAACCUGGGCCACGCACCCAGCGACGCCGAGGUCUACCGGCAACAGCAGCCACAGGGACAGGCUGUGCGCAGCCGCACACCCUCUUCCUUCUCCGACCCGGCGCGGAGCUCACCACCCAUGCGCCCUCGCGGCGUCGAAGAGUCAAAGACGUGGCCGCCGGGCACGCCGGCCGACGCGGCUCGCUCAUCGCUCGACGACUCUCGCGCCUUGCCGACGGCACGAUCCGCGCAAGUCGACGCAGCACGGUCCGCUCCGUCUGCACACCAGCUCGAGAGCACCCUAGAGCGUCUCGAACAGGUGUACACGCUCGCCGGCGACCUGCAAAGCUUCGCCAGCGCACACCUCAAGAGCCGGCAGAUGCCGAGCUUCGCCAGUCUCGAUGCCAUGGCGAUGCGAGGCUCAGACGUCGCUGCCAUCAUGGGUCGCCUGGCCGGCGAGGCCAACGAAGCACAGGUCCGCGCCGAGGCACCAUCUCACCGCUAUGGUGCGUUGCGCCGACGGCGACGCGCGGUGCUGUGUGCUCAUCCAUCCUCUCCUUGCCUCUGCAGCUGGACCGCCGUCCGAACGCGGCGAGCCACUGCCUGCCUCGUCGGCUCACCGCGGCGCACCGAGCGCCUGUGAAGCAUCCUCGCGCUAUCACGCUGGCGAGCACGACGAGCUGGCAAGCAGCGGCACGCAUGGCUACAAGGACAUGUACCGCGACCAGCAUCGCCGCGAUGAAGCGGGCGUCGACGGCAGACGGCCACGCAGCGGCGACGACCAUCGCGCCGCCGCCAUGCGCAGCCCUCGCCCUGUCUCUCACCAUGCUUCAGCCAUGGGCGGCAUGGGCGAAGAGCGCAGCGACGCCUUCGCGCCUGUCGGCGUGCGUCGCCGUGCGGACGAGAGCGGCAGCUACUUCCCCAUCCGUCCGGAGCCUCCUGCGCACGCACAGUGGUCCGCA